UUUUUCAAAAUGAGGGCGCGGAGGCGCCGCCUAGGCCUCGGAAGGUGCCCGGGAGGCCUUUCGGUGGCUGUGCCGUCGUCGCCAGGAGGGGCGGCCUAGAGAGCCAAGCCUGAUGGGCGCCAAGAACGGCUGGCUGCUCGGAGCGCUGCCUCGAAGGGACUGCGUGAAAGGAGCUCAUCCGGGGAGCACAGGCCGGGGCCUGGAAAUAUGGCGACCUGCAUCGGGGAGAAGAUCGAGGAUUUUAAAGUUGGAAAUCUGCUUGGUAAAGGAUCAUUUGCUGGUGUCUACAGAGCUGAGUCCAUUCACACUGGUUUAGAAGUUGCAAUCAAAAUGAUAGAUAAGAAAGCCAUGUACAAAGCUGGAAUGGUACAGAGAGUCCAAAAUGAGGUGAAAAUACAUUGCCAAUUGAAGCAUCCUUCUAUCUUGGAGUUGUAUAACUAUUUUGAAGAUAACAAUUAUGUGUACCUAGUAUUAGAAAUGUGCCAUAAUGGAGAAAUGAACAGGUAUCUAAAGAACAGAAUGAAACCAUUCUCAGAAAAUGAAGCUCGACACUUCAUGCACCAGAUCAUCACAGGAAUGUUAUAUCUCCAUUCUCAUGGUAUAUUACACCGGGACCUCACGCUUUCUAACCUCUUACUUACGCGUAAUAUGAACAUCAAGAUUGCCGAUUUUGGGCUGGCAACUCAAUUGAAAAUGCCACAUGAAAAACACUAUACUUUAUGUGGAACUCCUAAUUACAUUUCACCAGAGAUUGCAACUCGAAGUGCACAUGGUCUUGAAUCUGAUGUUUGGUCCUUGGGCUGUAUGUUUUAUACGUUGCUUACUGGGAGACCACCUUUUGACACGGACACAGUUAAGAACACCUUAAAUAAAGUAGUAUUGGCAGAUUACAAAAUGCCAACUUUUUUGUCAAGAGAGGCCAAGGACCUUAUUCACCACUUACUUCGUAGAAACCCAGCAGAUCGUUUAAGUCUGUCUUCAGUGUUAGAGCAUCCUUUUAUGUCCCGGAAUUCUUCAACAAAAAGUAAAGAUUUAGGAACUGUGGAAGACUCAAUUGAUAGUGGACAUGCCACCAUUUCUACUGCUGUUACGGCUUCUUCCAGUACCAGUAUGAGUGGUAGUUUAUUUGAAAGAAGAAGGCUUUUGAUUGGUCAGCCACUCCCAAAUAAAAUGACUAUUUUUCCAAAGAGUAAAAUUGCAAAUGAUUUUUCUUCUUCAGGAGAUGGAAGCAGUUUUUAUACUCAGUGGGGAAAUCAAGAACAAGAAAUCAGUAAUAGUGGAAGGGGAAGAGUAAUCCAAGAUGCAGAAGAAAGGCCACAUUCCCGCUACCUUCGUAGAGCCCAUUCCUCUGAUAGAUCUGGCACUUCUAACAGUCAGUCUCCAGGAAAAACGUAUACAAUGGAACGAUGUCACUCAGCAGAAGUGCUUUCAAAAUCCAAAAGAUCAGGAGUAGAUGAAAAUGAAGAACGAUACUCACCCACAAACAGCAAUGUCAAUAUUUUUCACUUCUUUAAAGAAAAGACAUCCAAUAGUUCUGGAUCUUUUGAAAGACCUGAUAAUGAUCAAGCACUUUCCAAUCGUCCUUGUCCAGGAAAAACUCCUUUUCCAUUUCCAGACCAGAUGUCUCAAACUGAAAUGGUGCAACAGUGGUUUGGGAAUCUGCAAGUAAAAGAUCCUCUUUCUGAACAAAGCAAGACUAGGGAUAUGGAGCCACCAGUGGGUUAUCAGAAACAUACGUUACGAAGCAUUACGUCUCCUUUGACUGCUUACAGGUUAAAACCAAUCAGACAGAAAACCAAAAAGGCUGUGGUGAGCAUACUUGAUUCAGAGGAGGUAUGUGUGGAGCUUCUAAAGGAGUUUACAUCUCAAGAAUAUGUGAAAGAAGUUCUUCAAAUAUCUAGUGAUGGAAAUAUGAUCACUAUUUAUUAUCCAAAUGAUGGGAGAGGUUUUCCUCUUGCUGAGAGACCACCCCCUCCUACUGACAACAUCAGUAGGUACAGCUUUGACACUUUACCAGAAAAGUACUGGCGAAAAUAUCAAUAUGCUUCCAGAUUUGUACAGCUUGUAAGAUCUAAAUCUCCCAAAAUCACUUAUUUUACAAGAUAUGCUAAAUGUGUUUUGAUGGAGAAUUCUCCUGGUGCUGAUUUUGAGGUUUGGUUUUAUGAUGGAGCAAAGAUACACAAAACAGAAGAUUUAAUUCAUGUUAUUCAAAAGACUGGGAAAUCUUACACCUUAAAAGGUGAAAGUGAAGUUAAUAGCUUGAAAGAGGAACUAAAAAUUUAUAUGGACCAUGCUAAUGAGGGUCAUCGUAUUUGUUUAGCACUAGAAUCCAUAAUUUCAGAAGAGGAAAACAAAAGUGGAGGUGCUCCCUUUUUCCCAAUAAUCAUAGGAAGAAAACCUGGUAAUACUAGUUCACCUAAGGCCUUAUCACCUACUCCUUCUGUGGAUCCAAACUACCCAAUGAGAGAGAGACCAUCUUUGAAUAGAAUGAUCAUAAAUAGUGCUGCUUCUUCGAAACAGGCGCCGAUACUUAGUCCUUCUACGGUUACAGGUGAAGGACUUGGCGCCACAGCUCUGGCCUCCGCAACAGACAUCUCUCCUAGUGGUGUGAACGAUUGUCUUCCUAAAUCAGCACAACUUUUGAAGUCUGUUUUUGUGAAAAAUGUUGGUUGGGCUACACAGUUAACUACUGGAGCUGUGUGGGUUCAGUUUAAUGAUGGGUCCCAGUUGGUUGUCCAGGCAGGAGUGUCUUCUAUCAGUUAUACAUCCCCAAAUGGUCACACAACUAGGUAUGGAGAAAAUGAAAAAUUACCAGAAUACAUCAAACAGAAAUUACAAUGUCUUUCUUCCAUCCUUUUGAUGUUUUCUAAUCCAACUCCUGGUUUUCACUGAUGAAAGCUCCUUUUAGAUAUAUAAGUUUAAUAAAUAACUUUUUUGUUGGCUUUCAAGUAAAGUGACUUUUUUUAUUUACUAUAACUUCCUCAGAAAGCCUUCUAUAAAAGAGAAUUUUAAUCUAUACUAUAAUGGAUGUAUUCUAAUGAGGGAACAAAACAGAAUGACACUUGAGUCACUUAUAAAAUGUAGUGGUCAUAGAUUAAAAUAGGACACCUAACUUUGCUCUUAGAACAUAUACCCCCAAACUUACUGUGUUCAUAUGUUUGUAUUGAACAAUCUUUUAAAAGCAAAAAUAUAAAUGGUGUGUGGUAUGAUUGUGCUUUUAUUGUUUUCCUUACUUCUCAGACAUGUUGAGAAUCAUGGACAAAAUAUGCUGGACUUUUUGAAUUUUUGAACAUGUAAAUAAUGUGUAUUUAUGUUACAAGUAACAUAUGUAAACGUGUAUAUUUGUUUUAUAUUUAUUUUUGUAGCACCAGUUUCUGAGGAAACAUUUCUGCAAAUGCAUUUUAUAAAAAAAUA